AUGACUUCCCUGGUAGGCGUGCUUGUUCUUGUUACCAUUGCCUGCCAGGUUAUCUACAAGCUUUAUGGAACACCUCUGCGGAAGGUCCCAGGACCUAUGUCUUUUGCCAUAACUAAAUGGCGACUUGCAUACGAGGACUACAAGGGUGUUAGAACGCGGUUCAUUCACGCUUUACACCAGAAUUAUGGCACUGCUGUUCGCGUUGGGCCAAACGAGGUGUCUUUCUCCUCUCUUUCCGCCUUGAGAACUAUAUACGGUGCUGGCUCGGGAUUCGAGCGAACGGACUUCUACAGAAUGUUUGAUGUUUACGGUAGACAAAAUUUGUUUAGCUUUGCUGAAGCCAAGAAACACACCGAGAGAAAGAAGCUCCUGGCCCACGCCUACUCGAAAAGUACCAUAUUGUCACCUCACGAAAUGGCAAAGCCGCUGAUUGAGAAAAAUGUGAAAAGUUACUUGGACCUCUUGGAUCGCGAGAAAGGAGUGGCCGAGGAGGUAUACCAGAGUUUGCAUUGGUUCAGUCUUGAUAGCAUUACUGGUUUCCUGUAUGGAGAGAAACUUCAAUACAGUGGAACCGAUGCUAUUGGGGGAAACAAGGCUCACAGAAGUCUUGUUGGUGAUAUCAUUAAUCCGGGCAGGCGGAAGCUAAGCUGGUUUAUGGUGCACUUGCGCGUUUACACCAAAUGGCUAUACAGGAGAACCGGCAUUACCAAAAAGGUGGUUGAGAGCUUGAGGUUGCUUCCCAUGCAAAACCCUACCACUUAUAGUGGCAUUCAAACUCAUGCUCUUCUAUCCACCAACAAAUUUGAUAUUUCUGUUUUUUGUGCACUUCUCGGAAAGCCGCAUAUCCAAGAGCCGUCUGUCAUGGAGAAGUUGUGGAAUCAGACAGACGCAAGUGAGGAAACUCGCCUAGGUAGCCUUGACAGGGCCUCUGAGAUGGCCGAUCACUGUUUAGCUGGUAUCGAUACGACAAGCGACACGCUAAUGUUCGCUAUAUGGGCAUUAUCCCGCCAUCAGAACAAAGCGUACCAGCAGAAGCUGAUCGAGGAGGUUACCAGCAUAUCAGAAAAGGAGUGCAAUGAAGAUGGCAUUCCUACUGUUGAGGCUGCAGACAAACUACCGUACCUCGGUGCCAUCAUUAAAGAGACCCUUCGACUCUAUGCUCCAUUGCCAGCGUCGGAGCCACGUUCACUUCCCGUCGACACCAUGAUCGAUGGAUACGCCAUCCCAGCCCGGACGGUUGUAAGCAUGUCGCCUUAUACGCUUCACCGGAAUGCAGAAGUAUUCCCCGAUCCGUUGGUGUUCAAACCGGAACGCUGGCUCGGAGAGUGUGGUGAUCUCGCAGAAAUGAAGAAGUGGUUCUGGGCUUUUUCCAGUGGAGGCCGGAUGUGCAUUGGAUUGCAUCUUGCUAUGGCUGAGAUGACGACUCUUCUAGCUGCCAUCUAUCGAGAAUACACCACAAGUGAGUAUGAGAAGCAGCGAGGGGUCAGCCCAGGAAUUACCAGUCGCUUUGAGGUUUUCUAUGAUGAGACUCUGCCAAGAAUGGAGGUAAGUCAAUAA